AUGCUACCCUGUGCACAAAAUGACGCACCCGCUACAAAGCUUGAAGAAGGGGUGGCCACCAUAAAGACUAGUCAACUCGCUAUUGCAAAGUUCCCGACUGAGGGGUCCUCUAUACCAACUCUGACACGACCGGAAAACUGUUCCAGUUUAACUCGAUCCCUUUUGAAGAAGAAACUGAAAUUAAAUCCCUUCUCAAAUGAGACAGCCCUGGGAACGAUACUUCGUGGAUCGACAUCUGCUGGAGGGGGUACCACCAUGACUACUACAACCGGGCCGCCGUCAUUUGUUCCCUGGGGACCUUCAAUAUCUGGUAUCGGUCUAUGUCUUGCGAAAGUAGGCUUGAGUGCAAUUUUAUUGAGCAUCCCUAUUACAAUUGUCAUUGUUUGUGCCUGGAUUGGGAAAGUGUACCAUUUUGAUCGGUCGGAAGAGCAACAGCGCAGAAGGGCGCAGCUUCUUUGGGCUGGGUGGGCUUGGUGGCUACCAAGAAACCUCAGCCCGACUCUUUUGACAGGAUUAGCUCUCCUUGGGCAACCAAGUCCUUGGAGAGUACGCAUCAUCACUACUGUAGUAUUUUUCAGCGGAGAGUUGCUCAUUUUUUGGGGAUUUGGGACUUAUGUCACGAAUGUUCCUGUGGCGGUUUCGUUGAUCAUGUUCCCAGUGGGGACAAUCUGCGCCGGUUACUUUAUCGCGUUCAACGCCCAUCUGAGAAACCUCCCGAUGCGCGUACGAAUUCCGAGAGCGCUCUUAGAGUGUGUUAGCUAUACCUUUUUUGCAGCCGCUUCUUGGCUCCUCUUUUGUGGAGCAACGUACCUUGCAGGAUCUGCGACAAGCAGCAUUGGCUCCCAAGCCCUUAAUGUGAUUUUCAACGGACUGAUUUACCCCAUUGUUAGACACAUCCUUUUACACGGCUAUGUGGCCUUUACACCUGCGUUAGGAACAUAUCUUGACCAAGCCCCGGAAAACAUGAUGUAUCUCCGUCACCUUGGGUAUGAUGCCCAUUACAGUGUUGUGGGUCUGAUGAACAUGCUCCGCGGACCGUCAAAGAUCAGUUUCUUUCUUGCAACCAUUGCAGAUGGUGGAUUGGAAAUGAUUUGGAGGACUUUAGAGGCAGAGAGGCGUAGGAGAUGGAUAGCAGGACUAUGGUCGGCGAGCGGAGAGCAUGCUGUGAAAGAGCGGAUUGUCGAGGAGGAAAGCGAACAUGUGCAAAAAGUUCUGAGUACGAAUAUGGAAGAAGAGGACAAACGGAGUGUAGAUGCAUCCCCCCAGAGAGCAAGUAAAUCCCAAUCUCGAAAAUCGAGACAUUCGGUUCAGUCACAGCAGUCAGUUCCAGCAUCCCCCGUUAUCCUCCAGAGCCAACUCAGUACGGCCAACAUAUGGUGGGCGCGCGAGCGCAUUUCCCGUAUGGUUGCUGAUGCUCUCGCUCGUUUAUCAGCUCUAGUUGCCACAAUCUGUUUCUCCACUGUUAGCUCGCACCCUUACCAACCAAAUAUAUCCACAGACGCAGUCUGUGAUCUUAAACGGGGCGGUAUAAUUCACCUCGGGUGCUGCAUCCUGGAAGAACGCCUUGUGAAAGGAGUUGCGUAUGGAGACUGUGUUAGGAUGGGCGUACCAAGACUGAGAGCCGGUAUUGCGUUUUCAAUUAUUUUGCUGGUUAUGGUUAGCUCUGUUGCGCCGUUUUUGGCUGUUAGAGCUGGAUUAUUUGCUGGUGAAAAUGGAUGUGCUGGCGACGUAUGGAUUUAG